AUGCAGCGCUCGUCCUCGUCCGACAAGGUGCCGCCGCACUACGAUGCCGAAAAGACGGCGUACCACUCCAGCGCCGGCGACGAUGUGACUGGCCACAUUCGCGGUCUCGAGACUUCAGCCGAGACGGCGCUACACCGUGGACUCAAGGCUCGCCACAUUACCAUGAUUGCCAUUGGCGGUGCCAUUGGCACCGGUCUGAUCAUUGGUACCGGCAAGGCGCUCGCCCAGGCCGGUCCCGGUUCCGUCUUCAUCAGCUACACCCUCGUCGGCUUCAUCGUCUUUCUCGUCAUGGCCGCUCUUGGUGAAAUGGCCGCUUGGUUGCCCAUGAGCGCUGGUUUUACUGGUUAUGCGACUCGUUUCUGCGAUCCCAGUCUGGGUUUUGCAUUGGGAUACUGUUAUUGGUUCAAAUACAUCAUUGUUACGCCCAAUCAGCUUACUGCUUUUGCUCUGGUGAUGCAGUAUUGGGUCGACCGCGAAAGAGUCAAUCCCGGUGUAUGGAUCGCCAUCAUCUUGGUUGUCAUCAUUAUUAUCAACUAUUUUGGCAUCAAGUUCUUUGGUGAAUUCGAGUUCUGGCUCUCCAGUUUCAAGGUCGUCACUAUUUGUGGUGUAAUUAUUCUGACUCUGGUGCUCGCUCUCGGUGGUGGUCCCGACCACGACCGCAAGGGUUUCCGAUACUGGCAGGAACCUGGUGCUUUCAAGCCUUAUAUUAAAGAAGGAAGUGCUGGCAAGUUUCUUGGAUUCUGGUCCACCAUGGUCACGGCCACCUUUGCCUUCCUGGGAACCGAGUUGGUUGGAGUGACGGUGGGAGAGGCCCAAAACCCUCGCAAGACGAUCCCUCGCGCCAUUCGUCUGACCUUCUUCCGUAUUCUCAUCUUUUACGUUCUUUCGGUCUUGCUGAUUGGCAUGUGUGUGCCCUACAACUCCAAGGAGCUCGUUUUUGCCAACUCUUCCACCUCCAACGCUUCCGCCUCGCCCUUCGUGGUCGCUAUCAAGCUGGCUGGUAUCAAAACUCUGGACCACAUCCUCAAUGCCUGCAUCCUGCUCUUCGUCUUCUCAGCAUGCAACUCUGAUUUGUACAUUGCCAGUCGUACGCUAUACGGUCUGGCCUCUGAUGGUGAUGCGCCCGCCAUCUUCCGCCGCACCAACAAGGACGGUGUUCCGCUGUACGCUCUUGGGUUCUCGGCCUGUUUCUGUCUUUUGGCCUUCAUGAACGUGUCGGAUGACUCCAAGACCGUCUUUACCUACUUUGUCAACCUGACGACCAUCUUUGGUCUCCUGACCUGGAUCUCCAUUCUCGUCACCCACAUCUCGUUCCGCCGGGCCCGCAAGGUUCAGGGCAUCCCCAAUAGUGCCAUGCCUUACAACGCCCCGCUGGGCAUCUGGGGCUCUUACGUCGCCCUGUUCCUCUGCAUCCUGAUUGCCUUGACCAAGAACUUUGACGUUUUCGUCGGCGAUUUCAAGACCAAAUACCCCACAUUCAUCACUGGAUACCUCGGAAUUCCCAUCUACCUCAUCUUGAUCUUUGGACACAAGUUCUCUACCAAGAGCAAGCGCGUUCGUCCCCACGAGUGCGACUUCUAUACCGGCAAGGAUAUUAUCGAUCGUGAGGAGGAGGCUUUCCUUGCGGCUCAGGCGGCCAAGAAGCUUGAGAAGCCAACCAGCGCUGGUGCCAAGUUCUACAGGAGAUAUGUGUCGUGGCUGUUCUAG